AUGCAUUUUAUAAAAUAUUUAGCGAUCUUUGCCAUCUUCGCCAUUCAAUUCAGUUUACAAAAAGUUUCUUCUGAAGAAAGUUCAAGUCAAGUAGCUGUAUCAUCACAAGAAAACAAUUUGUCUGAAGAAGAAGUAGUUCAAGGAAAAAAAAGUUUAUUUGGUAAUUUUAAAGAUAAGUUCAAUAAAAAAACAAAAGUAUUUAAAUCCAAAUUUGAUCAAAUUAAAAACAACGUAAAAUCAAAAUUAGAAAAUGCCAAGAAUGAAGUAAGUGAAAAGCUUAAACAAAAUUCUAAAGUUCGAAAAGGUUUGGAAAUGACAGACAAAUUGAAAAACAAAGCUAGCGGUUUAGGAAAAAAAUUAAAAGAUAGAGUUUCUAAACUUUUUUAA